AUGGAAAUUGAUCGCGAUACGUAAGUGAAUUACAAAUAGUACGAAUGAUUUUCUAAUGUAAUGGAAAUUCAUACGAAAUAAGGGAACGAUGAAUUUUCUCUUUGCCCAGAUUUUUCGUUGCAUCGUAGAAAUAUCCUAACGAUAAAUUUUCCAUUCGUCUGGGAAGAUAUAAUCGAAAGUGACGGAUGACUUUUCGUAUCUGAAAUUCUUAUUUUAAAUCUACUAAUAUUUAACACAAAUAAAUAAUACAGAAGAAUAAAUGACAAAUUUCCCUUUUCUCUAGGAAUUUUCGCGUACCUCAACUAUCUGACGCCGAAGAGCAGAAAGGAAAUUCUCGAGUUGCUAGUUGGUGGAUUAAAACGGCUGGAAUAUCGAGGCUAUGACUCGGCAGAUACCAAUAUCGACUUUGAAUCGAAGGUAUACAGCCACGUGGGUAUCGCACAUACUCGUUGGGCGACUCAUGGUGUCCCAUCUGAAGUGAAUUCGCACCCCCAGAGGUCCGACAGCGAGCACGCCUUCGUUGUGGUGCACAAUGGUAUCGUGACAAACUACAAGGAAGUGAAGACGUUGCUUCAGCAAAGAGGCUACAGUUUCGAGAGUGAAACCGACACGGAAGUAAUUGCCAAGCUGAUCCAUCAUCUCUGGGUACAACAUCCGGCUUACUCGUUCCGCGAGCUGGUCGAGCAAGUUGUUCAACAACUGGAAGGUGCGUUUGCACUGUGCUUCAAGAGCAAAUAUUUCCCGGCUGAAUGCGUGGCGACGAGAAGAGGAUCGCCGUUGCUCGUCGGUAUUAAGACAAAAACGAGAUUGGCCACCGAUCACGUGCCCAUCCUGUACGGAAAAGAUCAUCGUCCGCAUGGUCGCACUGAGCUUCCAGUUAUGCCACGUAGCGAGAGUACUUCCGAGUUUCAGCCGUUGGAGGACAAGGAAGUGGAAUAUUUCUUUGCAUCUGACGCGAGUUCUGUGAUCGAACACACGAAUCGUGUCAUAUUUUUGGAGGACGAUGACGUAGCUGCAGUGAAAGAAGGUGCUCUCAGCAUCCAUCGACUCCGUCGAUGCAUGGACGAUCCCCAUGCAAGAGAAAUCACAACUCUGAAGAUGGAGAUCCAAGAGAUCAUGAAGGGUAACUACGAAUAUUUCAUGCAGAAGGAGAUCUUUGAGCAGCCUGAGUCCGUGGUGAAUACCAUGAGAGGUCGUUUGAACUUCAGAGACAACUCUGAUUAUAUUCCUGAGAUCAAGAGGUGUAGACGUUUGAUGCUGAUUGGUUGUGGAACGAGCUACCACUCUGCCAUUGCUACCAGACAACUUUUGGAAGAAUUAACCGAACUGCCAGUUAUGGUCGAAUUGGCAUCUGAUUUCUUGGACAGGAACACGCCAGUGUUUAGAGAUGACGUUUGUUUCUUUAUCUCGCAGUCUGGUGAGACAGCAGACACGUUGAUGGCUCUGCGUUAUUGCAAAGGACGUGGAGCUCUAAUCGUUGGCAUCACCAACACCGUGGGAAGUAGUAUCUGUCGUGAAUCACACUGUGGCGUUCACAUAAACGCCGGUCCCGAGAUUGGUGUUGCGAGCACCAAGGCCUACACCUCCCAGUUCAUUUCUCUCGUUAUGUUUGCUUUAGUUAUGAGCGAGGACAGAAUCUCUCUUGGUAGUCGGCGUCAAGAGAUUAUCGAAGGGUUGAAGAAUCUGGAUAAUCUCAUUCGCCAAGUUCUUCAACUUGACGACAAAGUCAAAGAACUGGCCAAGUCUCUAUUUCAACAUAAAUCUCUGUUGAUCAUGGGUAGAGGGUAUAACUUCGCUACGUGUAUGGAAGGAGCUCUGAAAGUUAAAGAAUUGACGUAUAUGCAUAGCGAAGGUAUUAUGGCAGGUGAGUUGAAACACGGCCCACUGGCGCUCGUCGAUGAUUCGAUGCCAGUGAUAAUGAUCGUCAUGAGGGAUCCAGUCUACGUGAAAUGCAUGAACGCUCUACAACAAGUUACAGCAAGAGACGGCAAGCCGAUCGUUAUCUGCGAGGAAGGGGACGAAGAAACGAAAAUGUUCGCAGACCGAGUUCUUGAAGUGCCUAAAACAGUAGAUUGCCUUCAAGGAAUCCUUACAGUCAUUCCAAUGCAACUUCUAUCUUUCCAUAUCGCGGUACUUCGCGGAUGUAACGUCGAUUGUCCGAGAAAUCUGGCGAAAUCGGUCACGGUCGAAUAAAAAAAGGUCAACUACAAUCAUCUUCGGGACUUGGCCGAACGCAGCGUACAAUGCUCAGUUGUUCACUUGAAAUUCCAACGACUUACUGUGAGAAGAUGUCUAUUAGAACUACGUUUAUCUGCAGUAGGGACGAAGCACAGGAAGAAGCAAUUUUCAAAAUACGCCGUGAUAUUCUCGUGAUAACAUGAAAAUUAUCAUCGAUUAUAUUUAAUACGUUUCUAAGUACUUAGUAAUUGUAGGCUCGUGUUAGAAUACGAGUAGAAUAGAUGCAAUUUCUUAUGUAUGCUCGAGAACUGUAUUUAGCAUGUAUUACAAGUAUGUAUUUAGAAAAUACUUAGGUUAGCCAUUCGGACCAUCGUUAAUCUAUAUAUUUAAUCUUACAGUUUACUUUAGAGAAAGAAACUCAACGAAGACGUUCCUUACGUGGGAUUACAUUAAUCGAGCUCCCAAUGAUUCCAGUGCAUUUAACGGUUAUGCUCAUUCAUAUCAAUUGAUAAGAAACGAGUGGAAGAGAAACGCGACGCUUUUCAGAUCGUAGAUCAAUUGUGAUUUUAUCUCUUUAUGAUCAAGUAUAAGAUUAAGACUGCGAAGAAGAAAAAAAAUUGUUACUGUAUCGUGAGCUCUAUCAUGUUUACAUGUGAUUACCCUGGAAAGUGUUCGUAUGCGUGUGGGAUGUGUGUAUCACGUAGAUCUCAAUCGAGAUGGAAAGAAGCAAUUGUAAUGGAUAUUAGAUAAUGGAUUAGAUAAUCGACAGAAAUACAAAACACAUUUAUGAAUACGAUUAUCGCCAUGAUUAUCGCUCCAUGGUGUUUAUUGUAUACUUUCGGAAAUUUGUAUUUUGUACAGUAUUUAAGGGAGAUAUUGGAAAUUUGAUACUUUCCCUUCAAGUUUUGCUAUGAAAGAUAUAUUGACAACUUAUAUGCGCGAAUUUUGUUACCGAUGUGAUAUAUACAUAUGCACGUUCAAGCGGAAACAAAAUUGUUGUACAAAGACGGAUUUUUCUAAAUGAUAAUUUUUAAGAUUUAUACGGUAGCCUUAUAUUUCUGCUGUUGAAAGUUUUCUAUUUGUCGGACUCAAUAUAAUCAAGGAGUAAAUUUUUAUAUGGAUUAGUCGAGGUGUUGGAAACGCGAACGUUUAUAAUUUUGCCUAUAAAGUCGUAUGUAAUACCUUCCGCAAUAUAUAUCUA